AUGUCAAACGGUGGUGGCCGCAGAAAGAAACGUCCGACCGCUACUGCCCCUCAGCCUCCACCUGCACCAGUUUAUCUUGGUGGAGGAAAAGGUCGAAAAACCAAAAGCAGUGGCAUUAAAGAUGGUGGAAUUGCAAUUAUGGAAUCUACUGCAGCUGUAACAGAAGCUUUAGUAAGUGUUAGUGUUAGUGAUGGUGGAGGAGGUGGGGGUGGGGCUUGCGGAGGAGGAGGCGGCGGUUGCGGGGGUGGGGGUGGGGGUUGCUGA